CGGACCGUCAAGUAGAAAGCGUGAUUAACGCCAGGAUUUAACAAAAUGGCGCUGGUCCAGGCUAUCUUUCUCUUCACCGUUAUUGACACAAUUUUGGAAACUGACGCCAGAGUUUCAACAGUGCAACAACCAUAUCAUCUUGGAACAGAGAUCCUCAUUCAAGAUAAUAAUGGAAAAAUGCGGUCUUUGGGAUCGAAUGAAUUAUAUCUUGCUGCAGAUGCAAAAGUUGGACUACCAGGAGUCAAAAGUCUACAUGACAUGCCUACCUUAAUGCACGGUGAAGGGAUGGAUAUACCUCAUAAAUCAAACCAUCGAUUUAAUGGGCAUGUGUCUAACAACAAUGGUUAUAGCAACAGGGGCCAAGUCAGGGUUAUCAAUUUACAAAACAAUAACUUUGGAAAUAAUGAUAAAUCAACACAGGUUAUUCAUAUACCACAUUCUGGUUAUAAAGAGGGAUUUAACACUGAUUAUUCCAGACCAAGAGAACAUUUCAUGGAAGGAAACAGACCACAACAAAUACAUAGAUAUUUUGAGACGGUAACAAAUGAAAUCUCCCGAUAUAUUUCAUCGGAGUCACACAGAGGAAACACUUUUAAACAUGGGGAAAAGUAUGGACCGGAAUUUUCGUUCAGAAUGCCACAGAAAAAAGAUGGAGGAGGUCCAGUUGAUUUAGGUCCAGCACCAGUACCAGGCAGUUUUACAGGACCAUCAGUUGAUAUUCCACCACCAGCACCUCUUCAAGGACCAGUGAACCCUGGUCCAGAUUUUGGCCCUGGUCCAGAUUUUGGUCCUGGUCCAGGUUUUGGCCCUGGUCUAAAUGCAUUUGAUGGCCAAUCAAAUCAAAACUGGGGAAUUAAUACACCAAACUUUCAAGGACCUAAUUUCGCCAACGGAAACCAACUUGGACCUCAGAAUGUUGCCAAUCAAGAUUUUAGCAUUGACUUGAGUCAAACAGGAAAUGCAUGGGGAAAUCAAGGAUGGUCCCAAGAACAAGGGCCUACAGGAUGGGAACAAGGUUGGAAUCAGCAAGGAUGGAACCAACAGGGAGUGUUCCCUGGAGGGGGGCCAGCAGGAUUGUUUCCAGGAUUUGGUCAGCAGGGAGGAGUUCCAGGUUUCAAUCAAAAUCAAGCUGCUGUAGCACAGCAACAAGACUUCAAUCAACCGUUUGGUAAUCAGAAUUUAGGACCAGGAGGACCACUACCAAAUAUUGCAACUCUAAAUAGUCCCGAAAAUUUUCAAUCAAGGUUUUUAGGCACGGGAGUGCAAGCACCAGUAGAGCCACUUGGACCAACAAUGACGAAAUCAGAUGUGAAUGUUGAUACUAUCAAACCAAUACUUCCAGGAGAUGUCGCUAAAGGUCCCGUGCCUUUGAAUAAUGCUUUUUAAAUUUUUUUACCAUACCACUUAAACUCAAAACUAAAGGGUAACUGAUGUUUUUAUUAAGUCUGUGGAAGAAAAUCUCUCCUGCAAUUUACUCUAUUUUAUUUUGCAUCGUUUUAUUUUCGCCAAAAUAGGACCUACAAGUUUAGGAGAACAGUAUUUCCAAUAAUCAGGAAGUGACUCAAAAUGUGGUUAAUAAAAAUGUCAAUAGGACUGUAAGCUUAUUCAAAUUUGCAGAAAUACGAUUAAAAGGGUUUUAUUUGAAAUUCUUCUUUACCUGUUGGAAAAUGGUGUAUUUACUACAUUUGUUAAUAAAAUCAUUAAAACAUCAA